UUGUAGCCAAGAAACGAUGAAGGACAAGGAUAAACCCAAAACCAAGAGCAGUGCUGUAAAGAGAAAAGCCAAAGAUGUGGACUUUCAGUACACAUGUGAGUGGAUGGAUUGCUCCCAUAAGGAAGACAGCAUGAACCUUUUCAACCAUCAUGUGAGUCAGCAUCGGCUGGCAUAUUUCCAGCAGAUUGUACGUGACUCAGGCGCUGACUCAGCCACUGGAGAUUUCAGCUUCUACUGUCACUGGCGAGACUGUGGUGCCCAGGUGGAGGGCAAGUUGGCUGAGUUCUCGCGACACCUCUUUUACCACACGUUCCAUCAGUACCUCAAGUUUCUCGGACAGCACAUACAGGAAGUGGAGGCUCUGGAGCCGUGCUGCCUGGACAGCUCGUCACGUAACCUCAUCCCGGAGCUGCCCGAGAGACUCCUGUGCCGAUGGGACGACUGUACCAUGGAGUAUGAGAACCCAUACAUCUUCUACUCCCACGUGUCGCAUCACUGCGAGGAUUUUCCCAAGGGCAACAACCCCAAGGUCGUCAUCCGCUGCAAGUGGGAAGGUUGCCAGGCAAAUGCUAAGUCCUGGUUCAAGAUGAAGGAACAUCUGCGCUCCCACACCCAGGCCAAGGUCGUGGCCUGUCCCACGUGCGGAAGUUUGUUCGCCAACAACACAAAGUUUGUGGAUCAUUUACAGCGACAGAGGCUGGUUGUUAAUGGUAAGAAGUUUGAGUGCUCUCACUGUGGCAGUCAGUUUGGGUCGGAGAGGAUCUUGAGGGACCACAUACGUCAUCAUGUGAACCACUACAAGUGCCCACUCUGUGACAUGACCUGCCCCUCUCCCUCCGCCCUCCGGGACCACGUGCGCUACCGACACUCCAACCAGCGAGAGUUCAGCUGUACCCUCUGUGACUACAACCGACAUCUGGCCUGGGGCCGUACCAGUGCCACAUCUGUAACCGUAAGUUCACCAGGGGCACCUUACUGACCGACCACCUCCAGGCUGACCACAACUACAAGUGGCCGUCUGGCCAUCGCAGGUUUAGGUACAAACAACACGAGGACGGUGUGAGGCGACUCCAGACUAUCCGCUACGAGAGUAUUGAGGUGAGCCAGGAGGUGCUGGGUCACAAGUUGUCUCCCCACCCAGCAGUAGGUGGCAGCAACAGUGGUGAUGGUGAUGGUGGUGGUGGUGCGAGAAACACAGACACAGGCAGCAACAACAACGACGGCACUUCUGACGCGGAGGCUGGAACUUCUCAACUCCUGAUCGCCGCCCCCAGUCCUUGCACGAGUGUCGAUGACGAUAACAUUAAUGACCUUGACUAUGACGAUAAUGAUGUUUCUUCUUCGCGGAGUGUUUCAGUGUCUGUCGCAGGCUGUGGGGAACCACCGAAGAAGGGUGGGAGGGGAGCGAAAUCGGCGGGUUUGAGUAAAGACAACCACGGCAAAGCCAGGGCUGGGACUUCUGGAAGACAGAGGAAGGAUCAUGACCUUGCCGAGGUUGAGGAAAGCCAAGGAAAUGUCCGAGGAAAUCCUAAGAAGUCAAGGAAAUCUCCCAGGAAAUCCUCCUCCCCUCAGAAAUCGGCGUCUAACCUACCAGCAUCGUCAUUCACCAUGCCUUUGUUGUCCCCGCUAAAAUUGCCGCCGGCGCGGAAAUCAUCGUCAUCACGGAAAUCAUCAUCACCGCAGAAAGCAAAAGACAGUCAGAAGAGAAAGAGAGGCAGUGGGGAGGGGGGCAAAGGAAAAGCAAGCAAGUCACGGAAAAUUGUUGAUCCUGAUACUGAUGAUGCUACCAGUGCUUCAAGUACGAAGGCAGAACAUUCCGUAGCCUCCAGUAGCUUCUUCCUGCCAUCUUUUCUCUCGGCCGCAGCAAAUCUCGGUUUCGCCGGAGCUGAGACGUUGUCUCAAGCAUCUACAUCUAGUAGUGUCUCUGAGCUCAGUAGCAUUCGUACAGGGAAGCGCAUCAUGUCGGAGGACUUUCAUCCAGAUGUUACAACCUCUUCUCUCAUGAGCAUUAGUUCAUAUGGGGGUUCUCUCAAAUCACCCGUCGAAUCAGAAACCUUGUAUACGUCCGACUACGAACAAACGACUUCAGAUAUCUCUUCUGAUGUGUCGUUUCCCCCUCUCCUCGAAGCGUCAGGAAGGAUAAACGCACAUCACGUGUCAUCUGUCAGAGCCGUCUCUGUGACUACCGCAUCACCGACCUUGACCUCACCCUCCCAGGAAGCCUUGUCUAACUCGCUGUCGGCAUCAUCUGCCAGUCAGCUGCACAAAGACGUCUCAUCUUCUGACAAUAUUGUUAGACUGAGAUCUGAAUUCAGGUCUCCUACCAAGGUACACACAGGUUCAAACUUCGGGCCUUUAAGCUUCAGCCCGGAAAAGCUUGGAUUUACAGUCACAGAUGCUAGCGGCCUGGAGUGGAACAGCAGUCCAGUUAAGGUGGAAACGGGGAAUGUUUCGGAACAGGGAAUGGAUGUUGUGUGGAAGACGCCCCACGCUGUCGACCUCAGUACAUCUGUCCCAAACUGUUCCACUGUGGAGGUGGGGGUGAGCGCGGAGUGGACGCAACUGAAGGAAGAGCAUCAGUCGGAAACUCAGAUCAACUGGUCAACGGUUCAUGACGAUGGGAUGUUGGUGAGAGAGAUGGGAGGUGGAGAGACAGUAGAAUUGGGAGGUGGCGAGACAGCGGAGGUGAGUGGAGAUAACCAGAUGUACAACCUAGAAAUGCUCGGAGCCGUGGCUCUCGGCACACGCCUAGCCACCAGGAAACGGAAGAAAUCGGAGACUUCCUAGCAACAGACCUUCUGACUUAAGAGUCUGAUCAGGCUCAUCAUCAUCAUCAUCCUCAUCAUCAUCAUCAUCAUCCUCAUCUAGUGUCAGAUCUACAACAGACAUCAGCGAUCGUGGUUCUCUAUUCAUUUGUUUGAUUGGAUGCUCUCAAGGAAGCUACAUUUUCAAGAUCUUCCCUCAUCAUCCAUCUGUUUAGGCUCUCCAAGUAGGCUGAACAGACCGAUACCGCGUGAUACUGAUUUUUAUGUAUGUUUUGAAUGACAGAAAGAAAGGAAUACAAUGUUUUAUUUAUUUUACUUUAUCUUUUCACUGGUGCUAGUGGGGUAUCUCGGGGUAAAACUAUUGAAUGAAAAGACUACAUUCAUACAAUGACUGGAUACUAGACUUCGAUAAAUGUCCUUUUGCAUUUUGGGGUUUGUUGGAGUUUUGCACCCUACCUUUGAUGAUGGCAAAUUAUGGUUUACAAAGGCAGGUGAUGUAGCGUCGGUGGCCUAGUGGUUAGGCUCUAGGACUGGCAACCGUAAGGUCGGGGGUUCGAAUCACG